AACCCAUCGCGUAUGACAAGCCAACACAGCCAAAGGACCCUACUUCCUAAAAGUUGGGUUCCCGCCUACAGACUCCUCCGCGAAUUACUGAUUCAAGAAGUCCACGAUUCUAACCUCUCCGGUCAUUUCGGGGUUGACAAAACCCAGAAAUUACUUCACCGUUUUUAUUAUUGGCCUGACUCGACGUCUGAUGUGCAGAGAUACGUAUCUGCGUGCCCGAUCUGCCAACACAUGAAGUCCUCUCGACAGCGGCCAGCUGGACUGCUGCAACCGCUCGAGCCACCCCAGCGACCGUGGCAACACGUGACGAUGGACUUCGUCACGAGACUUCCGACAACCGCAACGGGCAACGACGCCAUCCUCGUCGUCGUCGAUCGACUGACGAAGAUGGCGCAUUUUGCACCCUGUCGCACAACAAUCACAGCCGAGGAUACAGCAAAACUAUUAAUCUCCACCAUUGUUCGUUUACACGGCGUCCCAUUAGCGAUCAUCAGCGACCGCGACCCAAAAUUCACGUCCAAGUUCUGGCAAGAGACAUGGGCCCAGUACGGCACACGCCUCCAAUUUUCCUCCGCCUAUCAUCCUCAAAACGACGGCGAGACUGAACGAACCAAUAAGACCAUGGAGCAGCUAAUACGCACCAACUGCCCCGAUCCUGCCCGGUGGGAAGAAUUUCUGCCCAUGCUGGAAUUUUCCUACAACAAGGCCCCAUCUGCUACGACUACUCACUCGCCGUUUUUCCUAAACUACGGGAUGGAUCCGACCGUCCCAACGACUACCAACAUCGACAACUUACUUCGGGGAGCUACGGUAUUUUCUAAACUGGAUCUGUGGUCCGGAUACUGGCAGAUAUGGAUGGCGGACAACUCUAUCCACAAAACUGCUUUCCGAACUCGUUAUGGAUCGUACGAGUAUUUGGUAAUGUCGUUCGGACUCACCAGCGCACCGGCAACGUUCCAAGCCGAAAUAAACCACAUUCUACGACCACUUUUAGACGAGUGCGUGGUGGUGUACCUGGACGACAUCCUCAUCUACUCGAGCGACAUGAAGCAGCACGUCGAACACCUGCGACGCGUCUUCGAAAUUCUUCGACGAGAACGAUUCUACGUCAAACUGUCCAAGAGCGAAUUCGCCCUUGAGAAGGUCUAUGACAUCGCGUACCGGAAAGGAUCAACGAAAAUAUGGGUACCCAGUUACCCUCCUUUGCGCCAGUUACUACUCGAAGAAUACCACGACGUCCUCUACGCCGGACACUUCGGUAGCAACAAGACGCUGACCGGUAUUGCAAAACACUACUACUGGCCCCACUUGGUAGAGGAUGUUCAGAAGUUUGUCACCUCGUGUGAUACAUGUCAGCGGAUGAAGAGCAGCAAGCAGAAAAAGGCGGGACUACUACAGCCUCUUCUUGUCCCAGAACAACCAUGGCAAGUGGUUAGCUUGGACUUCAUCACCGGGUUACCACCUACCACCAGCGGUCAUGACGCAAUCCUUGUCGUCAUCGACAAGUUCUCCAAAAUGGGACACUCCAUCCCGACACACACGACGGCACGCACCAAGGAGACAGCACAACUCUUCGUUCGUUACAUCAUCUCACAGCAUGGCAUUCCAACCACACUCAUCUCCGACCGAGACCCCAAGUUCACCAGCAAGUUCUGGAAGGAACUUAUGUCUCUCCUCGGGACCAAACUCGCCAUGUCAUCCGCUUACCAUCCGCAGACAGACGGACAGGCCGAGCGCCUCAACCAGAUUGUUGAGCAACUCCUCCGUGCAGCCUGCAAAGACGACAUCUCCAAAUGGGACUUGCAUCUGCCCGUCCUGGAGUUUGCCUACAACAAUGUCACUCACGCCGCUACUGGACAGACGCCGUUCUUCCUCUAUUACGGACGCCACCCACUCACACCACAGAAACCGACAACAUCCGCUACAGUUCAACCUGCACAUGAUUUCAUCACAACCAUGCAUCAUCUUUGGGAUCGGACCCACAAGCGCCUCCUCGACAUUCAGCAGCAACAGAAGCGCCAGGCCGAUCGCCAUCGCAACGAUCACACCAUUGCCGUGGGAGACCAGGUGCUCCUUGACACCCGCAACCUUGACAUCAGCCAUCUCCCAUCUAAACUGCGACCUCGCUUCUGCGGGUCUUUUCUCGUUGAAGCACAGGGCCUCGACACCGCCUCAGCAUAAGAGCGCGGGACAGGGAUGUC